CUUUCGGUCGGUAAACGCUACGGCAACGAACGCUUAUUUGGUGCCCGCGGCGCGAAAUUAGCAGCCCGUACAAGCUUCAGUGGCUUGUUUUACAAUAAUGACUUUAAAAUAUUGUUGAAAGUUAUUGAUGAAUCGAAACCCUGACGGAAGUUUUCUACGGUUCUACGUGAAACGGUGCGUAAAGCUACCUGACAUUUGUAGCAGUGACAUACCAAAGGCUCUGGAAAAUCAUCAAGAGCUCUUGAAGAUGAAUCAGUGAAGUGAAAAAUACCUCAGCGAUCUCUAUACACGUGCUACAGGUGUAUUUCGUAUCAAGCAUCCCGUGUGUACAUCGGCACAAACAAACGUCGCAAAAGUGUCAAAGGUUCAGAUUACCUUCAUAUUACAAAUCAUUGUACAGUUGCGGCUGUGUACGGUUCAGCUCGUUGCAGCUGUGUGCAGUAUCAGUGUCGCUGCCGAGGUAGUAUGCUACUGUUUCGAGGCAUCUUACAUCUUCCGACGAACGCAUCUUUGUUUUGAAAGCAUUUCGAUUCAGCUGAAAAGCGUCAACCGAUCCGUGCGACGCGAAGCUAGAGUACGAUCAUGUGCACACGAUCCUGAGUAAUCAGAGCACGUACGAAAGCGCGAAAGUGUUCGAGCCGAACAAGAGAGGGCAUAGCAUUGCUGUGCACAUGAAGCGCGACGAGGAACGCGCGCGCAAGAUGUGGAGGGACAUCGGUGUUGCAGCGAUGCAACACGGUCCAAACUCUCUCCACCAUCAUCAGCCAUCGAUGUACGGUGGUCCCGGCAACGGUACGGCACCGACUCUACCGAACAAUCCACACUGGAAUCAGCCGGGAUACAGGAAUUCCUACAGCCUGCCCCAUCCGACCUCUCAGAAUGGGAUAAUCGAAAGGAAUGGAGGGAGCCGGGGCGGAGUAGAUGGUAGCGGCAAUCGCUACUCGCACUACGAUGUAAAGCCCCUGUCACAGGCUCCAUCCUUUCCGGAGAUCUCGAGUGCCAGCUACAACGGCAAUGGGUACCACCAUCCGCACCUCAAUCAUCAUCCCCAUCACCUACACCAGCAGCAGUCGCAGCCACAUCAUCCAGCGGGCCAUCACGGACUGAAACCGCCGCGACCUCUAUCGAUGUAUGAGCUAGGCAAUGGGCAUCACAAUGGAGGCAGCAGCAGUCCACAAUUGCACUCGCUACCACCGAACUUUGUGCCACACCAGACUCGCAACGGUAGCGGACGGUCACCACCGCCGUUGGUGAUCCAUAACGGCAAUCAGCAUGGCAUGGGACCACGAUCACCUGUAGGUCAUGCUGGCGAAGGCGUUGGAGGAGGUCGCGCACUUUUACAACAACCGGAAGAACUGAAAGUCGACCCGGAGCUUAUCUUCACAAAGCAGGAGCGUAUAGGCAAAGGAUCCUUCGGCGAAGUAUUUAAGGGUGUUGACAACCGGACUCAGCAGGUGGUCGCAAUUAAGAUCAUCGAUCUCGAAGAAGCUGAAGAUGAAAUCGAAGACAUUCAACAGGAAAUUAUGGUGCUAUCGCAAUGUGACUCACCAUUUGUCACCAAAUACUUCGGAUCAUAUCUUAAGGGCACCAAGCUAUGGAUCAUCAUGGAAUAUCUCGGCGGUGGAUCCGCCCUAGACCUCAUGAAAGCGGGUCUCUUCGAGGAGAUGCACAUCGCCAUCAUACUGCGCGAGGUGCUCAAAGGUCUGGACUACCUGCACUCGGAGCGCAAGUUACACAGGGACAUCAAGGCGGCUAACGUGCUGCUGAGCGAGCUGGGAGACGUGAAGCUGGCUGACUUCGGCGUUGCCGGUCAGCUCACAAACACCACUUCCAAGCGAAACACCUUCGUUGGAACACCCUUCUGGAUGGCACCGGAAGUGAUAAAGCAGUCCAUGUACGAUUCCAAAGCCGACAUCUGGUCGCUAGGUAUUACCGCAAUCGAGCUGGCGAAAGGUGAACCACCCAACUCGGAGCUGCAUCCGAUGCGGGUAUUGUUUCUGAUUCCGAAGAACAAUCCACCUCAGCUAACGGGUAGUUAUACGAAGCCAUUCAAAGAUUUUGUCGAAGCGUGCCUAAAUAAAGAUCCAGAAAAUAGACCAACAGCAAAGGAACUGCUAAAGUUUCCUUUCAUUAAGAAAGCGAAGAAAAAUUCUUACCUAAUCGAUCUAAUCGAUCGGUACAAAAAAUGGAAGUCUCAAAAAGGCGAAGAAAGUGAAACAGAAUCAGAAAAUUCGGAUUCUGAGGACUCGAAACAGGAUAGCGAUCUCGAUGAACCGUGGAUAAUGACGGUGAAGGGAUUGAAUUUUAAUAACUUUAAUAAAAAUGUGAUGGAAGACCCGCUUGGAUCACCGGUAAAACACAAUGGUACCAGCAAUGUCGGUGGUGUCAGCUCGAACCGUGAUAGGGAUUACAAUUUGAAUCAACAUAAAACAAGUCAGCCACGACCAUCUUCAUCGCCAUCGCAUCAGUCCUCUUCGACGCUGAUUGCAGCCAACAAUGCCACGAACACCAGUCCAAUCAUUGUGGAUUCGCGCAAGGAGCGCGAACUGCAAAAUCAAAUCUCUGCUUUGCAGCUGCAGAAGGAGAAAGAAGCGAGCUUAGAACGACAACAGCGAGAUCAUCGCCUGGAGCGCGAAUCAGAAUGGGAAAAGGAUCGCGAAAAGGAGCGAGAACGGGAGCGUGAGCGAGAUCGUGAUCGUGAUCGUGAUCGUGAACGUGAGCGUGAUCGCGACCGUGAACGGGAUCGGGACCAUCGUGAACGGAUAGAUCGCGAUCAUCGAGAAAAGGAUCGUGAUAACAAAGAGCGAAAAAUGGUUGCCUCCGACAGCCUGAGCGGAUCGGGCAAUGAGAACGAGAAGCGCAGUAGCAGUUUGCGGCGCGAACGGGAUUCGCCCAGCCACAACAACACAAGCAGCAAUGGCAACUCGCGCACCAACAGUAUUACGAAUGUAAAUAACAACUCCAGCAAAAGCUCGAGUCGAUCGUCCUCCACGACGACGCCAACUACGACGACGACGUCGACAAACAGUGGUUGUCUUAAGGCAAUUAUUUUCCCUCUUUUAUCUGAGAUGCAGCGAAAUUAUAACAGUGGUUCCGACAUGGGAGACCUACGGCUGGCCUUCGAGAGCGCCGAACGGAGUAGUCCGGGCGUGAGUGAUCUGUUUGUGAAGGAAAUCAUCCACAAGCUUGUGCCCGGUUUCUCCGAGACGCGAAUCAAUACGCUUAUAGAUAAAGUGACACGUGAUUCCAGAGUAAAGCGAUAAAAAAGCGGUAAACAAGGAAUUGGUUUGGGUGUUGUGUUUUGUACCAAGAGUGAAUACUGUGAGUACUGAUCACAUGAUCUUGUUACGGCAGCUGCAAAGUAUUCAGUGCAGUAUGGAUUGGAAAGAACUCUGAGUCGCUUAGAAUACGGUCAUGAACUUACCUGUUCAUAGCGUACCGUCAAUCAAUGUAAUAGUUGGUAUCAAGCAACCAAUUCAAUGUUCUUAUCGCGGUGGUGUACCUAAUCUACAAGAUCGUUCUGGAAUUGUACGACGAGAUCUUUCCGAAGAAAAGGUUCUUGUUUUGUCUUAGUUUGGUUUUAGUUUAGCGUAUUUAACCGUCAGGGGGUACCAUCCUAACAGUUAAAAUCGGACGUAAACCCUAAUAAAAAAAACCCCAUACCUGUAUCGCGGUCGAAUGCAUAGUCGUGUAAUUUUUGUUUGUUUUCGUUAUACUUUCUGCGCAAUGUUAAUUAAACUAUUGAACAAUAAUAUGUAAAAGAUGAAAUGAAGAAAAUAACGUAUUGAAACUGUAAAACAAUUAGAAUAUUUAAGUGACAAUUCUAAAACUAUGUUACGGUAUCGCAAUAAAAACAAAAAGUCUAUGAAACCUAUCGACGCGCGGCGUUCACGAUUUCUAGCGCUUAUUCUAACUUGCAGGACUAUAUACAGGUGGGUUGAACAAAAUGUUUAACCAGUGAGACGAGACUCUAGUCUGCGAAAAAAAAAUCACAACAAAGCGAUAUGGAUGGUUUAUGACAAUAUGAAGUGUUUUUUUGGCAUAUUAGACUAGCCAGUAAGAAUGUGGAGUAAAUUCUUCUCAAAUCAUGAGCUCUAUUGAAAGAAAUGUGACUUGGAACAAACUAACAAGGACGGACGAUAAUUUGUACAUUACAAUGUAUUAAACUUGAUUGAAAACACCCAAUAACACGUAAAUAAACACACACAUACACACAUAUGUAUGCACACAAUUCAAUAUAUAAUUGUGAAAAUAUACACAUUAUGAAAGUGAGUAAAAUCGCGACAUGCAAUCAUUUGUUUUCUUCUGUUUUAUGAUUCUGGAUGUAAAUAGGCACUCUGUUUUGGUAUUUUAGUGCACAUGCUAUUCAGUUGUUAACUAAUUUGAAUGAUUUAUAAAGUUUAAAUAUGUAUAAACUAGUUUGUUUACAUUAAACCACACAUGAACACGCAUACUAACACAUACCUUUACACAAUCUUUAAUGUUUAUUUUAUACUAUCUUAACAACACAUCUAGACAGUAUUUGGAUAAUGUGAUUCUUUUUUUCGCAGCAAAUAUUUUUACUUAGUUUAAAGAAUAUCCGUUAAGCCUGUUAAAAAAGUUGACCGUUAACAGAAUGGUUUAACAGUUUUGCUUUUUUCUGUAAAUGGAGUUCUAUUUUUUCUUCUUUUCAAAUUUCCAACUAAUGCUUCUACAUAAUACAUGUGACCAACAGAGUAGAAUGUGUUGAGUUUUAUGCUCUUUUCUGAAGCAUAUGCAUGAUUUGAUUGAAUGAGUUUGAUACUACUUUUUCACAUUUUUUCAUCCCUUCCCCAUAGCCGAGCUUCCGGUAACUCUUCCAAGAUGACCGUUCUUUACUAGGGCAAUUGUAUAGCGUGUUUUUUUUUCGUGAAACGCGUGUACGAGUCUGGUGUUCAUCACAUUUAACUGCAGAUUAUAGUGCAUACAAUUAUACGUUUAGUUAAUUAUACGUUCAAUUAGUCCUGACUGACAGGGGAAAUAAUACAAAUGGCGGCACCUGGUUGUUGUUUUGGUAAGAUUUAUGCUAUCUUUCCUCGUUUAUCCUUUUGCAUGUGGCUUUGUAAAUCUUUUAAAUUCGGAAACGUUAAACAACUGGCAAAAGCUGUUGACGAUGUUGUUUGUUCGUGUUUAUUUCCUUAUUGUAGCAGCAGGAAAGCUAAAGCAGUAAAAACAAUUAUAUCUUAAAAUAUAGAUAUUUAUUGAUAAUGUAGAAAAAAAAAA